CCUGCGCAUUGGGAGUUAAUUACAAGGUACAGAAAUCUCGGCAUUCAGACGUUUUCUGAGAGAGUUGCGGUGUAAAAACUCCGACAUGGCAGGGACUGUGUUAGAAAACCUCAGCUCUAGGAAGCUGUUCGCCCUCGGAGGGGUCCUACUGGUGGUCCAGAUCGUCUUCUUCAUGAUCGGCGGGCUCAUAGCUCCCAGCCCGACCAGUCCCAUCCGCUACAUCGCCUCCAAAUGUGUGGACAAAGGUCACCACAAGUCCAAAUGGUUCGUCCCGUGGGGACCAAAGGACCAGGUGUGUGAGAAGGUCCAGGAUUUCGACGAGGCGACGGCGAAGCAUAUCUCUGCGAACGACAUCGUGUUUGCGGCUCACAUCCCCCUGCCGAACCGUGAGAUGGUGCGAUGGUUCCAGUUCCUGCUCAUGAUCAUGGAGCUGGAUGUGGCCUUCAAAGUACACAACCCCGUAGCGGAAAAUGCGGUGGUAACCAUGGAAGCAGGGUUGGCGUACCGGGACGACAAGUCUGCGGAGUGGACGCCCGUCGCCAGGUCUACCGAGGAGAGGAAGCUGGUCUGCAACUUCAGCCAUGCCAAGACUAUAGAUAACGAGGGUCGUUACUACGACUGUGACAUGAUCCCGUUGUUCGAGCUGGGCAGCUGUUAUCACAAGUACUACCUCAUCAACAUCCGUCUGCCGGUCAGGGAGAAACAGAACAUCAACCUCAACAUCGGGGAUAUCAAGGAUGUCAACCUCAUCGGGAUCCACCAAAAUGGAGGUUUCACCAAAGUGUGGCUGUCUGUCAAGACGACCCUCACUCCCACCAUCAUCAUCAUCCUGGUCUGGUACUGGAGACGAGUCACCCAGCUCAGCCGCAAGCCUGUACUGCUGGAGAAAACUAUCUUUGCUCUUGGAUUGUCCAUGGCUUUCAUCAACUUGCCCCUUGAGCUGAUCACCAUCGCUGUGGAUGUGCCCUGGAUGCUGUUGCUAAGCGACAUACGACAGGGCAUCUUCUACUGCAUGCUGCUGUCCUUCUGGAUCAUCUUCACUGGGGAGCAUCUCAUGGACCAGUCGGAGAGGAAUCGCCUGUCGGUGUACUGGCGCCAGGUCGGAGCCAUUACCUUCGGAUGCCUCUGUAUGUUCAUCUUCGACAUGUGCGAGAGGGGUGUUCAACUGACCAACCCAUUCUACAGCAUCUGGGUGACGGAGACGGGGAAGAACUUGGCCUUGGCCUUCAUCAUCCUGGCAGGUGUCUGCGCCAGCAUCUACUUCUUCUUUCUGUGCUUCAUGGUGUUCAAGGUCUUUCGCAACAUCAGCGGGAAACGGGCCUCGCUUCCCACCAUGUCUGAUGCCAGGCGCCUGCACUAUGAGGGGCUGAUCUACCGUUUCAAGUUCCUGAUGCUGUUCACCCUGCUGUGUGCCGCCACUACUGUCAUCUUCUUUAUCAUCAGCCAGGUUAAUGAGGGCCACUGGAAGUGGGGGGAGGAGCACACGGUGGAGAUCAACAGCGCGUUCCUGACGGGCGUGUACGGGAUGUGGAACGUUUACGUGUUCAGCGUGAUCUGUCUGUACGCGCCCAGCCACAAGAGGAAAGGGCUGGAGGGACAGCAGUCCUCCAACAUACAGCUGGAAAACUAGCCAAUCAGAUGUAGGGGAAGUUCAAGGUAUAAGCAGAACUGGCCAAUCAGAGCAAAUCGUGCAUUUGUAGGCUUACAAACCAGAAUUCAGCUAAUGCUUUUGAAAACACACAUUAUGACCUGAUUUAGACCAAGUGAAGUGUAUUUUUACAUUAUACUGUCUUGACCACUUCAGUUGUUAGAAACUAUACUUUUCAUCAACAUAUUAACUCCAUGUAGACACUGAACCACACUUCACACAUGUAUACAUUCUGACGGUUUGUUUAAUUGGGAUCCUGAUAAUUAGGAUCUCAGUCUUGUGCUUUGCAUUUUUGGACCACUAUAUAUUAAGCUCUGCUAUUUCUAUCAAUGUUUCUCUCUUUUGAAAAGAUCAGAAUGUAACUAUAUACUAAACCCACCUGAAAUUUGUAUUUAGUCACUUCUCCAAAAA